UAGUUCUUUCCUGUUAUUGGUCCAAAACUUGACGCGCGGAACUUGGUAGGAACUUCCUCUGUAAACAAGCGGCUCAGGAACAAACUGACCUCAGAAUACUACACGCUGCUCUUCCUCCUCCUCCUCCUCCUCCUGUUCCUCCUCCUCUAUCUGUGGUUAUGGACGGACGCUGUGCUGUUGACACAUGGACACAGUUCGGCUGCACACAUGCAUCUGUCUCACCGAGGAUCACGUUCGGAUUGGGGACAGAUGUUUUCAUCUGCACAGGCAGUGACGAAGUCUACGUCUUCAACACUCAGGAGAGAAAAGUCACUGCUGUCCUCCAGUUCCCUGCCCCUGUGAGUGACCUGUCUGAGAGUCAUGACAAACAGCUCCUCUAUGUGUCCUGCGGGAGUGGAGUUUACUGUGUCAGCCCUCCAUUUCUGCUGUCCAGGGCCCAAACCUCCCCGGCUGACGCCUCCUCCCGUCCAGCUGAGCUGAAGAUCUCCUCUGAAUCCCUGGUUGUUGCAGAGGAAGGUGUGUCGUCGCUGCUCCUCGUCGGCUCUGUGCUCCUGAUCCUCUCUCAGAGAGAAACGUCCUGGAUGCUGAGUCUGUACAAAACAACAACACAACCCCAGUCCAGCAGCCACGAGCUGCUCAGCUCUUUCAGUCUGCCACUGGUCUCAGCUGGUGCACAGGGUGACACUGAGGGAGCAGGAAUGAGAAGGAGGCCUGUGCUGUCUUGUGUCCACUCUGACCCAUCGUCCACCUUGUCAGACAAGCAUUUACACCUCGAACCUGUCCUUUUCAAACUUCUCUUCGGUAUCGAUGCCGCCCUCGCCAAAUCACCGGUUAUCCUUUUCGGCCUUCCAGAUGGACGCCUGUGCCUCCUCCCUCUGCGUCUCCCAGGAUCACGGCUCCGAGUCCUGCAUAGCCUCGAGCAGCCCGUCGUGUUUGUCGGAGCAUCUGUUGUCAAGGAAACGGAUCCAGGACACGCACAGUGUUUGGUGGCAAUGGGGGAACAAGGGAGAGUGGUGCUGAUGAAGGCUAUAAACGGAGGAUCAGAGGGAGCGGGGUGCACAGCGGGUUUUAUUGAAGGGUGUGUACCGGGGCCUGUGGUGUGUGGCUCUGUGGAUCAACACCAUCUUUACUACAGCACUGGUUCAGACCUGUUGCUGCUGGAUCUGUCGGAGGGAUCAUCUGGGAGAGAAGGACAGGAAAGGGAUGAGGAGACAUCCAUUAAGACACCUGCUGCCCUCCAAAGCCCCACCAGUUUGAAUGUGUGUGGAGUCAUGACCUUGGCUGCACCUGAACGCAACACGGCAGGUGGAGUUCAGCUGCUGGGGCUGUCUGUCAGAGGACAGCUCCAGAGGAUUGUCCUACCUGAGGGGCGAGAGGACGUAGGGGUGUCCAGUCAGACUUCCUCUCACGGGGGCCGCAGCGUCAGAGAUCUCCUGUCUGCAAUCGGGGGGGUGUGUGAAAGAGUUUCGGCGCUGAAAACUACCAUCAAAUCCAAAAACCAAAUUCUGCGGCACCUGAAUCAGGUGCUCAACGUCAGCUUCCUGCUGACAGCCAGGACGAAUGGUGAAGAACAUCCACCCAUGCAGGAGAAGCAAAUUAGAUGCAGAGCCAUGACCAGAUGGAGCAGGCUGCUUCAGAAAGACUCCCUGAACCUGACCUGUGUCCUGGAUAAUUCCAGUCCUUAUGUUUUGGAGCAGGGCUGGACACUGAGCGUCACUGUGUUUCCUGUGUCCUACUCACCCAGCGCAGGAGGGGAAAGCUCCUCCACAAAUUUCUCAUUCCCAUUUCACGAUCUCCAUCCGGGGGAAACAUUAGAAGUGUCGCUACCCCUCGCAGCUGCAGGCGACACAUGCUUCCCUUUGAGGGUGGCCUGCUCGCUGAUCUUCUCUCUCUCGAGUCUCCUGGCAGAGGAGGAGAGGACGCAGCUCCCCGACCUGCAGAGCGGUUGUAUCAGUUUGCCCUUGGACACACUGACGGUAGAUUGGCUGCACGCUCUGCAACGGAGCCGUCCCACAACACAUCCCAUCUACAAAAACUCCACAUGUCAAUCCAGCAACAUCACAACAGAUAACGUCCAGGCUUUUCUAAGCUCACACCGGACUCGGUGUAUCGGACGGGGUGGAGGAGGAGGAGGAGAGAGUGCAGCGAAGGCUGAGCAGUACUCAGCGAGGAUUCGGGUGUCGUCAGAGCUUCUUGGGGAUGCACUGGUGGAAACUUCAGAUCCUCCAAAUCUGUGCAUUGCUCUUCUGGACUGGCUGUUGUCUGAAGGUCCAGGAGGAGGGAGGACGGGACAACAAGGAGACACGUCGUCACUGAGCAGCUCUGUUGUCCAAGCAAGAGGUCCAAAUGGAGAAACGGUCAAACUGAGUGCUAAAGAGGUGAACGUAGGGGAGGAGAGCUCGGGGAAGGAGGAGUCCCUGAGCACGAUUGAAGUUCAGGUAGACAGUUCAUCUAUUGCAGCAGUGUGUGGACUGCACCAUGCUGUGUUACACCGGAUACAGGCUCUGCUGCAGAGAGCUCCUGAGAGCGCUGCUUCCACAAAGAGGGUCCAGAGCUCAGGUUUGAGACGGGCACUUCAGCGGGCCGAGCGCCUGUUACCGCAGAUCCAGCAAAGUCGAAUCUCAGGGGUGUUUGGCGACGGCACGUCCACGGGGCACAUGACCCGAUCUCUUCUCGCCAUUUACCAAGAACUCAGAGAAAACCCUCUUCUUAUAAUAUAACAUGAUUGUUUUAACUGAUACUACGCAGUGUUUUGUUAUUGCUCUUUAUAACAGAUUGAGAUUUAAUGUCCAUAUUACUUCCUUCUGUGAAUAUACCUUUGUAUGACUAAAAUGGCUGAAAUUCCUCUCUAUCUUCAUGCAACUCAUUAUUUUUCAUAUUUAUUUUGUUGUGAUGCUGUGCAGGUGCUGCAGCUUCAGUACUCACAUUACCCAUGUUAGCAUGUAUUUAUUACUCUGUACUCUGUAUAUUACAAACCAAGGCAUUCAAUACAAAAUGUUUUGAGGAGCUCAGGCAGAUUACAAUUCCAAUUACAUGCAAUCAUAUGUCUUGCAGCUGAGUGAGGGACCUCAGGUUUCCAGUCCCUCAUGAGCCAGACGAGUAGUGACAAGGGACCUAAUGUCUGGCACAGUGGUUGUUAUUGAAUGCACCCCUGUAGACAAGUGGUUACAUAUAUAGACGUCUGGCAGAUGAAGGGUUAUGAUCAUAAAUCAUAAAAAAGCCGGUAAGCAUGUUGUGCAUACUCUGUCAAACUAACUGGCGUGCAACAGUCUUGUCCUAUUUGUGGGAUUUGCUGACAGACAGAUUGUCAGUAAUUCAAGCAGCUGUGGAAAUAAAUACUUUCAGAACUUUCAAUCAGUUUUCAGCAAAGCAUCUAAUACAUUUGAUUAAAAUUAGAUGACAGAGAAACUGCAAACCCAGACCAGAAAGAGAGAUCUAAAAUGGUGGUUCUCAAAAGGUGGGUCGCAGAUGCUUGUGUGGGUGAAGGGAGAGCAUGGGACCAGUUGUUAACAUGGUAAAACUAAAGUACUAAAGCGACUGUUGAUGUGAGUUUUUUCUCAAUGAUGACAGAAAAGGACAAAAACCUCUGUGUGGCACAUGCAACAAAGUGAAUGAAGCAUCCAAGCCACACGUUUCAAGGGAUUAAGUUACAUGCUACUAAAACCUACAGAAAGCAUGUUUGUUAUCCAGUAAGUGGCAGUGAUGUGACUUUUCAUAGAGAAUGCAUGAACAGUAAAUCUGACUAAAUUCCUGCAUGUCCAUAAUUGUCACACUGACCUUUGAUCUGUUUCUAUGAGUUGUUAUAGACUACAGAUUUAUUACAGAUUCAUGGGUGGUAUGUGUUGUUGCGUCACCUGCUGUACUUUACUGUAUAACAAGUAGACACCAAACUGUUACACAACUGGACCUCAAGAGAAUUUAUUACAUCCUGCUCAAUGUGUUAAAGUCUAAUGAAAGAAAACUGUGCACUCCCAUUGUUCGAGCUGCUGAUUAACACCACAAUCCCAGCAGGCUUUGCAGCUAAUGCACUGUUUUGUUUCGGUAUGCAUUCCAAACCAAUAACGCCUCGUAGGUGUUGCAGGAUGAGCGGCUG